ACCUGGACCUAGUCAACACCAAAAUGGACCUCACUUUUUCCCUGAGAAGAAAGGAGAUUGUCAUGGAUGAACCACUGGUCUCUGUAGUCCAACAGAGAUGGCCAGGCCUUUUCAUAGAGCAACAGGUAUAUGCAGAAUUUUAUCGCAUUACCCAGGUGCAAUUGAAAGAAACAUUUCUGACAUCCUUGGACAAGUAUUCGACAGCUCUGAUCAAAAUGUACAGAGCAAAUGGAGGCAAGACAGCACAUGAAUUGAAAUCACUUUUAGAAUUACUAGAUGAACAGACAAUGGAUGUUACCACACACAAGAGGGCAACGGUUCUACAAGGACUACCUCUGUACUUAAGAGAAUACAAGAAGUUAUCAACAACAUGUCAUGAUACAGACUCCCUUCAAAUAUAUACAAAUGAAAUGAAGAUAGGAAUAUUGGAGGUUGUGAGGCACCAUGAGACCCAUCCGGGAGCUGCACCAAUGAAUGUGGCUGUGGUGAUAGAAGGUCAAGUAGUAAUUGAAGAGCUUGUUGACUUCACAACUGCAUUUGUCAUACUUGUUGGUCUUCUGUAUGCUCUAAACAUUCAAUACCCAAAAGAACUGAAAUACACUUUUGAAACAGUGCAGAAGGUGUUUCUAAAUAUUGGAGACUCAUACUCACAUAGAGUAUUGUCACUCAAAAAUAUGCUGCGCAAAUGUUAGACAAAUGUGUCUCAAAUCUGCAGAAUAGGAUGUGCUUGUAUUUUGAUUUUAGAUUAAGUUAGCUAUAUCUACUUUUCUUUGUGUGAAAUUCUUUCUCCGUUGCAAAUUAGUGUUAAUGUUAUGACAGAAUCCCUUUACCCUGUUCAGGUUCUGUUCAAAAAGACAUUUUGGAAUUAUUGAUGUAACACUUUUCAAUUUAAGAUUCCACAACAUCAGAGAUGGCAUGGCUUGUGGUUAUUAGUAAUAUGU